GGAGUUUUGCCGGCGGGAACGGGAGCGGGGGGCGGCGGCGGCAGUGCGGCCGCCCCGGUGCGUUCAGCGCGGAGCGGUCUAGGGGGGCGGGCGAGCCUCGGCCGUGUCAGCCUCGACCCUCUGGCGCGGCCGUGGCGAGGGGCUGCAGCGCCGGGACCGUCCCCGAGGGGGCUGCGGCUCGUCCCCCGAAGUUGCGGAGGUCGCAGAGCCCCCGCUGCGGCUCCGCGCUGGGCUGCGCUCCGCGCACCCACCAACUUUUCUGCUGACUCCUCACGCCCCCGCGCCUCCCCGCUCCGUCACACGCCGGGAAUUCGUGGCUCGUCUCCAAAAUAAAAAAAUGGACUGGUGUUGCCUGUGCGUUUUAUAGCAGUAGAGUGGAUGACUGGGGCAGGCUGCGAGUCUUAUUGGCAUGCUGAGAACACCUGGGUUCACUGCAGUCCAUAAACAAGACGAAUCAUUUCACCAGUUCAAAAAAAGGGAAGAUCUUGCUUUGACACAGUCCUUCUCCUAAUCUUCCCCAUUCUAAAAGAGGGGGAAAAGCCCACCUCCAAUCCUGCUAGAAGACUGAGAGCCAUCAAGUUGCUGUCUCGUGAGCCCUGUUUCUCUUUUCCCAGAAUCCAGGUGUCUUCCAUGUGGGACUGCUCACUGUCUUCCAGCAGUGCUUCAGACAGUGAGAUGUCCGGCAGCUGUAGAGUGAAGCUCUUAGAACUGAAUAUUCUGGUGAAGUGGUGAAGCUCCAGAUCCCGAUGCUUUUGGUGUCUUCUCUGUUUUCUACUGGGCUGAAAGUAGCCUGGGCCAGUGUCCAGCAGAACAUUCCUCGGUACAAAACUUCUCUUGUGAUAACUCCAGUGGAGGUAUCAGAAAAUGUAGUGCUUCUUGAGGUUGGUGUCUCUGGGAAAGAUACUGAAGAAGAUGCAGGCAUGCUGAAAACUUCAGAAAAGUGAGCCAUGAGUCUUCUUGAAAGCUGAAAAGAGGACCCCUGAUAGGGUCAUGAACCUAAGACAAGUCUUUGUGUCUGUACUGCUGUUUGGAGUAGCUGGUCUACUCCUCUUCAUGUAUCUACAAGCUUGGAUUGAAGAACAACAUACAGAGUCUGGAAAAAAGCUGCAGCAACAGAUAAUUAAUCAGGAUUUCACACUCCAACCUCCGGGGAUGCCAAGGGAAGCAUUAUGGAGCAGAAGCAUUCCUGUGAGCCUCAGUAAACAUGAGAUGGCUGUCUCAAGCAGCAAGCACUGGCAGGGCAAGGCUGACCCUUUCAGUGUGGUAGCUGCCUCCUUGGUGAGCCAACUGCCUGACCAGCAGAAGACAAGCGAGUCACCUGUCAGCUGGUUCAGAGGAGUGUAUUUACCCCCUGCACUGCACCCAUUAAACAAGACGUUAGUCAAGGGUAACAAGUGGAAGGAUGUAGAUAGCACCCAGGAAAAGCGCAGGUCAUUCCUGCAUGACUUCUGUAAGAAGUACAACAGCAGAAAGAAGCUGCAAACCCACCUGGUACACCUGGUGUCAAGAAUUUACGUGGAGGACAGGCACAAGGUCCUGUACUGUGAAGUGCCAAAAGCAGGCUGUUCCAAUUGGAAAAGGGUCCUCAUGGUGCUCAGUGGACUCGCCACUUCAGCACACAACAUUUCCCAUGAUGAUGUACACUAUGGAAAGCACCUAAGGAAACUGGACAGUUAUGACCUAAAAGGGAUAUACACACGCUUGAACAUGUACACCAAGUUUAUAUUUGUACGUGAUCCUAUGGAAAGACUGGUAUCUGCCUUCAGGGAUAAGUUUGAACAUCCAAACAGCUAUUACCAUCCAGUAUUUGGGAAGGCAAUAAUUAAGAAGUAUAGACAUAACGCAGAUGAAGAUGCUUUGAAAACAGGAUCAGGAGUUAAGUUCAAGGAGUUUAUCCAAUAUUUGUUAGAUUCCCAUCGACCAGUAGGAAUGGACAUUCAUUGGGAGCAAGUCAGUAAGCUCUGCUACCCCUGCCUCAUCAACUAUGAUUUUAUAGGAAAGUUUGAAACCCUGGAAGAAGAUGCCAAUUACUUUUUGCAGCUGGUAGGUGCUCCAGCCUAUCUGAAGUUCCCUAAAUUCAAAGACAGACAUUCCUCUGAUGAGAGAACAAGUGCAGAAGUAGUGAGGCAAUACUUAAAGGAAUUGUCUAAGGAGGAGAGACAGCUGACCUAUGACUUCUAUUACCUUGAUUACUUAAUGUUCAAUUACACAUCACCAAGUGUAUAGCACCAGAAUAGCUUCGAGCUUCUAUUAGAUAUUUAUCGUUUUGGGAUUCAAAGCAACUACUUUGAUAUCAGCCCUGAAAGGAAACAAAGUUACUGCUAAAUGGAGUUGACUUAGUGGGGAUUUUAUAAGCUAGAGUGAUAUCAAUUGGCAUUAAAUUAUAAGAAUGCACAGAAAAGAAGACCUGUUAACAGUAUAAAUUGCACUAAAAUGCCUGAAAAAGCUGCUUUUACGAUUGUGGAUUACGCUAUGGUAGCUCAGCCAGCUGUUGCAUUAUCUUACCUAAUGUUCUUUUAAUGUUUUAAGAAGAAAACAUUCAGAGUAGCGUGAUUCUUUUUUGGUGUGUCUGCUUUAGAAAUUGUUUUUGAAACAACUUUUGAAUGUAUUUUUACUUUCUGUCAGUUAUUAAUAAAGAAGCAUUGGCUAAUUUUCUAAAAUAUUUGCAGCAUCCUCAGUUGCAAGGCUUCGUUGUUUGAUUACCAUUAAACUGUAGCCAUUUUUAGGCCUGAUUUUUUUUUUAAUUGAAGGAUGCACUUGAAUACAAAUGCAUCAAACUACAAAUAACACAGCAGCUCACUUGAUGAGUAGAGUAAAUUUGGGUAAGCCUGUGAAGUGCCAGUCCACUACCCCAUUUUGAUUGAUGCACUGGAGCUGACAAAUAUGAGAGAGAGUGCAUAUUUUCUCUACUUUCAGAGAGCUGCUGCAUUCAUUAAAAUUAAGAUUUUAACUUACAGAGGGUACAUUGUUACAUAUGAUGCAUGGAUACUGUGGUCCCAAUACUCAAUGUAGUCUUCAUUUUUGGUGGUAGGGCAAACUUUUAGUGUGGCAGCUACGGAACAGUCUAAGGUCUGUACUGAGAAGCAACCUCAAUGCAACUGCUGUGACCAUUCUUGGUCUGCCAGGGUCCAAUCAUCAGCCCACCUCUCAGGAAUUUUUAACACAGAAGGUGCAUAUGCCCAUUGCCUCCCAAGCCCAUAAACUGGUGCUGCCUCCAGAGCUUCCUGAAGUCACCUGUGUUUUGCUGUCCUGCCUGCCUUGUCAGCAGCCAGCAAACCCCAGGAGUGGGGCGGAUGCUUCAGUUAUAUGGGGUGGGAUGGGGCCACCUGGUGGUCUAGUGGUUAGGAUGCAGCACUCUCACCGCCGCGGCCCGGCUUCGAUUCCCGGUCAGGGAACCCCUCCGGGCAGAUGGAGCUCAUCAGCCCUGUAAGGCCAUCCAUCUAAGAGAAGGUCACUCUAAACAAACCUAUGUCCUGAGGACCUCGCUGCCACCAUCCGAGCUUUGCUUGGCCCCAGGAGUUGAACCUUAGGAUUAAAGGGUGGGCUCAGUUCAGUGCACACUGUGUCUCACCUAAAAAAUCCACUGCGCAGGCUCGAAGGGUAAUGACCUUUCCCAAAUCUUCGUUCGUGAAGACUGGCCAUAUUUACUAUGGGGUGGGAUGUGUACUGGUGAUUUUACCUAGAGGCAGGUAUGUCCAGAGUCCCACAGUCCUGGUUAUAAAAGGAAAAGGUACCUUCUACAUUCCCCUUCGCUCUCCUCCCUCAAAUGCUGCCUGACCAACAUAUGCAGUUGUUCCUGAAACCUGCACUGAAGGAUGGGUCGCCAGGGUGUCCCAGGAGGAGGAGAAUCUCUGAAAAAUCACAGGAUCAUGGAAUCAUUGAAAAAGACUUUUAAGAUCAUCAAGUCCAACCAUUAGCCUAACACUACCAAGUCUACCACUAGACCAUGUCCCUAAAAUACUGGAGAAGUGGUUCCUUACAGCUGAUGUCAUGCUGGACACCAGUACACUGCCACUCCAGUGUUGUGCGUCAUGCUGGUUAAUGGCUCUUACUGCAUUCCCAUGUGUCUUUACCCAGCAGGAUUUAAUUUUUAUUUAACUUGGCCAUGCACUUCCAUGACUGCUGCUCUCAAGUGAGACUAUGCAUUAAGGACACUAAAGAGAACCUCCUGACAGUUUUGAUUUUGUACCAUCCAACCUCCUAACUCAUGAAAAAACUGCCUUGGUUUUCACUUGGAUUUGACCUUGCUUUGACCUCUAGAUUCUCUGCUCUUGUAAGUAUUGAAUUCAGCCUCAAAUCCUGAGUGAAUCUCUCUUGCUUUAUAGGAAGGCCAUUGAAGUUAUUAAUAAAAAAUAAAUUUACACCAACCUUUGGAAGUCUAUAUAUUUGCUUUGUCUUGUCUGUCGUGGAUGUGUGUAAAAUAAUUGUUAAUUUACAGACAAAAAAAUUACUCGUGUACUAAUAUUUUCAAAAAAACAUAUGAGGAAAAAAGUUUAACUGCUAAUAAAGAAUGGAAGCCAAUCUA